UCCCUCCCCUUAACCCUUCCUUGCAUGGCUGGGAGAGAAGAGUUCCUUCUUACUCUCCUCUUUUCCUCUUCUGAGGAAAUGUGACCGUUGCCUGACAAUUUUGAAGUAGAAUCUGUUCAGUUGUGAGAAGAGGGAGGAAAAGCAUCUGGUAUACAGUUGCGUUCUUCGUUAGAGUGCCUCCAACAUGGAGAGACCCAACUCUCCUGAACCUGAAGCAGGCAGUAUCCCUGGGAGCAGUGGGGAAUCCUGGGAAGGAACUACGCAGACGUUCCUGGAUGCACACAUACGGUGCCAGCGCUUCAGGCAUUCCUCCUUCCGAGAGGGGGAAGGACCCAGAGAGGUUUGCAGCCGCCUCCACUCUCUCUGCCGCCAGUGGCUGAAGCCAGAGCAACACACCAAGGCGGAGAUGCUGGACCUGGUGAUCCUGGAGCAGUUCCUGAGCAUCCUGCCCCCAGAGAUAGGGAGCUGGGUCCGAGAGUGUGGGGCAGAGACCUCUUCCCUGGCGGUGGCCCUGGCGGAAGGCUUCCUCCUGAGUCGGGCAGAGGACGAGAAGCAGGAAAGACAGGCCCAAAAUAACUACAUCAAGGUCCAGCCUGAUCUCUCUGCAUCAGAGAAAUCUCCAUCAGGCACCACCCAGAGCCUUCAGCAGAAAGAGUUCAAACAGGAAGGAGAUGGGGCUGCAGCCUUGGAGGGGGCUGGAAUGAGGUUGUUGGCAAACCCACAGUCGUUUCUUUCCGUUUGUGAUGGAGUGGAACUGAAUCAGGGCCCAAUCACCUUUGAGGACGUGGCUGUCCAUUUCUCCCCGGAGGAGUGGGUUCUCCUGAGCCCUGAUCAGAAAGUCUUGCACGUGCAAGUAAUGGAGGAGGUUCGUGGGAUUGUGGACUCUCUUGCAGAUAACUGGAAGAAGAACAAUGUAUACACCAAACGCAGUAAGAACUUUUGGCACAAUGAGGACCUUUCUACACACCAGCAAACCCACAGUGAAGAUGGAGGUUCUGCUAGAGAAAGGCCCUACAAAUGCAAAGUAUAUGGAGAGAAGCAAUACCAAUGCCAGGAGUGUAGGAAAUGUUUUGCUCAGAGUUCAUCCUUGGUGAGGCACAAAACACUCCACACAAGAGAGAAUCCAUACCAAUGCCAGCAGUGUGGGAUAUGUUUUGCUGACAGUUCAGCCUUGGUGAGCCACAAAAGAGCCCACACAGGAGAGAAGCGAUACCAAUGUCAGAAGUGUGGGAAAUGUUUUGCUGACAGUUCAGCCUUGGUGAGGCACAAAAGACUCCACACUGGAGAGAAGCCAUACCAAUGCCAGGAGUGUGGGAAAUGUUUUACUCAGAGUUCAGGCUUGGUGAGCCACAAUAGACUCCACACAGGAGAGAAGCCAUUCCAAUGCCAGGAGUGUGGGAAAUGUUUUACUCAGAGUUCAACCUUGUUGAACCACAAAAGACUCCACACAGGAGAGAAGCCUUACCAAUGCCAGGAGUGUGGCAAAUGUUUUCCUCGGAGUUCAGCCUUGGUGAACCACAAAAGACUCCACACAGGAGAGAAACCAUACAAAUGCCAGGAGUGUGGGAAAUGUUUUUCUUACAGUUCAGCUUUGGUGAGCCACAUAACACUCCACACAGGAGAGAAGCGAUACCAAUGCCAGGAGUGUGGGAAAUGUUUUGCUCACAGUUCAGACUUGGUGAGGCACAAAAGACUCCACACAGGAGAGAAGCCAUACCAAUGCCAGCAGUGUGGGGCAUGUUUUUCUGACAGUUCAGCCUUGGUGAAACACAAAAGAGUCCAUACAGGAGAGAAGCCAUACCAAUGCCAGGAGUGUGGGAAGUUUUUCGCUGACAGUUCACACUUGGUGAACCACAAAAGAAUCCACACAGGAGAGAAGCCAUACCAAUGUCAGCAGUGUGGGACAUGUUUUGCUGAAAGUUCAGCCUUGAUGAAGCAUAAAAGAGUCCAUACAGGAGAUAAGCCAUACAAAUGCUAUGAAUGUGGGAAAUGUUUCGCUAACAGUUCACCCUUUAUGUACCACAAAAGAAUCCACACAGGAGAGAAACCAUACAAAUGCUAUGAAUGUGGAAAAUGUUUUGCUUCCAGUUCAGACUUGGUGAAGCACAAAAGAGUCCACACAGGAGAGAAACCAUACAAAUGCCAUGAAUGUGAGAAAUGUUUUGCUGACAGUUCAGCCUUGGUGAAACACAAAAAAGUCCACACAGGAGAGAAGCCAUAACAAUGGCAGCAGUGUGGGAAAUGUUUUGCUCACAAUUCAUACUUUGUGAGUCACAAAAGAGUCCACACAGGAGAGAAGCCAUACAGAUGCAAUGAAUGUGGGAAAUGUUUUGCUUCCAGUUCAGCCUUUCUGAUGCACAAAAGACUCCACACAGGAGAGAUGCCAUAGCAAUGCCAGGAGUGUGGGAAAUGUUGUACUCAGAGUUCAUAUCUGGCAAGUCACCAGAGAAUUCAUAGAGGAGAAAAACCAUCCAAACAGCUGAGACAAAAGUAAAAAGAAAAAAGAAAAAAAGAAUAGCAACAGGGAAAUUGCAUAUUUGGACAUUCUGGCCCUAUAGACUAUACAUUCACCAUUUUCCAAUGAACCUGUGUGAUUUCCCUUGGCUUCACCUAGCACUUGGCUUGACUUUGGACUGAUUUCUUAGACAAUUCCCUUCUUGAUUUCAAAGUCUGUUCAGGUUUUUUUGCUUUGUUUGACUUGUGACUGUUGUGGAGAAUUCGUUUGCUUCUCUUGGUAAACAUCUGAUUUCAAACAGGACCAUUUGAGAAGUUCUGCCUAAGAUUUGGUAAAGUCCACUUCCUUGUCCUUUGAAUUCCUAAGUUGAGGUCCUCUUCUCUAGAGCAGCAGAAAGCAAGCUCUUUGUGACAAUCCUUCGGAGGGUUAAAUACGAUUGUCAUGUCACUUAUUUUAAAAAUGAACCAGAUGUAACUCCA